CAAAGCUUUCUCCACCAACUGAUUGGUGACCUCUUUUAAGAAAUGCAGAGCUCAAAGUUUGAUUGUCUUCUCUUUGAUCUGGAUGAUACUCUAUAUCCAAGUAGUUCAAGAUUAAGUGAUGCUUGUGGCCAGAAUAUACAAGACUUUAUGGUAGAAAAGCUUGGAAUAGACAGAACCAAAACUUCAGACAUUGGUAACUUAUUGUACACCAAUUAUGGGACAACAAUGGAAGGUCUAAAGGCCAUUGGUUAUGACUUUGACUAUGAUGAAUACUACAGCUUCGUCCAUGGAAAGUUACCUUAUGAGAAUCUAAAGCCAGAUCCUAUUCUGAGAAAUCUUUUGAUUAGCUUGCCAAUUCGCAAAGUUAUCUUCACAAAUGCAGAUAAAGUUCAUGCUACUAAAGUCCUCAACAGGCUAGGAUUGGAAGACUGUUUUGAUGGGUUUAUUUCCUUUGAAACUCUAAAUCCUAUCCAAAAGAACACUGAAUCAAGAAUGAAACCAACUGGCAACAAUGAGAUCUUUGACAUUGUGACAUAUUUUUCAGAACCUAAUCAAUCAUUUUCACUACCACAGACAACAGUUGUGUGCAAACCAUCACAAGAUGCCAUUGAACUUGCUCUCAAGAUAGAAAACAUCAACCCCCACACAACACUAUUCUUCGAGGAUAGUGUCCGAAACUUGCAAUCUGGAAAGCGGCUAGGCCUCCACACUGUGCUGGUGGGCAGUUCAAAAAAGGUUGAAGGUUGUGAUUAUGCAAUAGAAAGCAUACAUAAUGUUAAGGAGGCAAUACCCGAGCUAUGGAAAGACAAGGAGGAUGUAGCCCAAGUCAGUUAUGCUGGAGAGAUGGCUGUCGAGACUUUUGUAACUGCUUAGUUUAGGCCCUAUUAUUAUUUACCUUAAUAAAACUAAAUAGUCCUGCAAAUUGAUUCAGGGUGAAUCUUUAUAUUGAAAUGAACAUUAAUAAUUAAAGGUUUUAUUUAUUUCUCAA